CAUUGUUUACAAACAGAAGCAGCUUCCGGUCGGCAUUCUAAUUUAGCGCGUGCCGUGGAGCUAACUGUUAUUUUCCGUUAUUUGUUUGUUUAUUUAUUUAUUUUUUUACAAUGACUUCCGCCAGGGAACUUCCUGCACACACAACGUAAUGACAACUUAUCAAAAUGAUGUCCCGGUUAGUUUGGCUAAUUAGCUGUUCAACUCUGUGAGCGACAGCGAGCUAACAGUUAGCUAACAGCUCCACAGAUGUUCUGAUGUUUGAUUCAUUUCAACAGGUGUUAGCUACAGUGGGGCAAAGUCCGUCUCUGGAGGUUUCUCAUCGGUAACUAUUCCGACGAGACUUGUAGGCGUAUAUUCUCUUAUUUUUUCGGUAGUUAGCUGUAACCUCUGUUCAGUGAGCCUGCUGUUUACGUCGGUUGCACGUUAGCUAAAGUUUGUGUGUCAUGCUCAUCGGCCGCGUCCUGUUGAGUCCGAUCCGGUCGACGUGUUCAGAAAGUGUUGGUUUACAGAAGUUUUUUGGUUUACAGAAGUUUUUGUCUGCCAGUGAAGUAUCAGUGCGGAGGCUGCGUCCCAUUUCUACUAAUAACGUCAGUAACGUGAGCGCGCUUAAGCUGUCUGCACACCGGUUCAGACUUAAGCUAGCAGUGUGUGAUAUGCAGGCAGCCAAUAUCUCCUAUGGCAAAGAGGCCACUGCGGUUUCCUUAGAGGAGGAGGAGGAGGAUGAUGAUGAAGAUGAUGAGGGUGGUGGUGGUGGUAAAGGUGUGGUUGGACAGGAGAGUCAGACAGAAAGUGAGGAGCUGAAGAAGAAGAAGAAGAAGAAGACGAUGAUGGUUUCAGGUCCGGUGCAGACAGUCAGCAUGGAGGUCCAGCAAGAGGAGACUGGAGUUUCCACAGUGUCAGCAGCAUCAAGUGAGAAGAACACAAAGAGGAAGAUGAGGAGGGAGAAGAAGAAAAAGCUCAAGUCGGCUGAUACUUCAGACAAUUUAAUGUCAGAGCUUCCGUUUUCUCUGACCAGCCCCACCACAUGGAAAGAGCUAGGAUUCCCCAGCCAAGAGUCAACCCAGAAGAAGAGGAAGAGGAAGAGGGGAGACAGUGGAGGGCGAGUGGACAGUGAAGAGGAUGCAGAGAAGAAGAAGAAAAAGAAAGAGAGCCAGCGGCCCAACUAUUUUGUCUCCAUCCCCAUCACUAACACACAGAUCAGUUCAGCUGUGGCCGAGGUCCAAGAGACGGUGCUUCAGCAGGAGCCCCGACUGGCCAAAGCCAUGAUCCCUGUCCCGACUCUCCACAUCACGCUAUUAGUCACUCAUCUCGCCAAUCAGGAGCAAGUGGAUCUGGCGGCAGCCGUGCUGGCUCAGGUCAAGCCGUCAUUGGUUGAGCUGCUGGGUGGGCGGGAUCUGGUGCUGCCCUUCUCAGGGAUCGGUCAUUUCAGGAAGGAGGUGGUGUUUGUCGGACUGGCCCCCGGACAGCACAGACACACACUGGACAGUCUGGCAGAGUUGUUGCGGAGCCAUUUUGAGGAACAGGGUCUUCUACAAGGAGACAAUCGUGGGUUUGAACCCCACCUCACCAUUAUGAAGCUGUCUAGAGCGUCAAAACUACGAUCCCAGGGUAUAAAGCGUGUGGACCCAGCCCUCUACUCCAACUAUACAAACAAGUUUUUUGGAGACCAGACAGUUGAGCGAGUGGACCUUUGUUCCAUGUUGAAAAAGAAGCAACAAGAUGGAUAUUACCAUACUGAGACUUCACUACAGCUUGAUUUGGUUCAGAACCCACUCCAUGCCAAACGCUCAAGUGGGCGUCGCCGGUCUGAGCCCGACGAGGCGGAGCUACUGAGGGUCAGCAGGCGACUGGUCGAGGAUGCGGUCAAUCGCGCCUUGCAACAGUACAAACAGGAAACACUUCAAAAUGGGGGCGGGCCUAAUGCCUCUGCAGUGCAGCCCCCUGGGAGCACUGAGGAAACUGCAACAAAGACGGACACUACAGCUAACUCCACUACAGACAACAGGAAGUGACAUCAUCGGACUGAAGUACAGAGACUGAAAAAAAAACCAGCCGCCCAGAAAACAUCAGCCAGGCCUGGCUAACCAGGAGAAGAGUCAGUAAGCCCUGGGCACAAAGCCUGAACCAGCCAACCAGUCAGCCCAGUUUGCUGACUAGCUAACCCAGCUAGCCACCCACAACGGCUAGCCAGUCAAGCUAGCUACCCGCCACUACUGCCCAACUGACCUAGCUAGACACAGUGCUAGUUAAAUAGAUUAUGUAGCUUGAGUUCAGUGCUAGGUUGACAUUCCCAGUUGGCCAGCUAGCUAAGCCUGUUAGUUAACUCACUAACUCUGGUGUCCUACAUCUAACAGCAAGGACAUCGACCGUCACUCAGCUGUGGGUCUGCGUUUGCACGUCAAAUCCAGAAAACAUGCGUAAAACACUCCUCCAGAGACACACAUGUCACUUUGACCUGUCACUCACAAACUGCCCUUUUUAGAAUAAGAUAAAUCAUGUUUUGUAGACCGUUUGGUUCACCUGCAUUUAAAAUAGGACUCAAUAUCCUUAAUUUCACUAAGAAAAAACUCUUUAACUUCAUUGUUUCAGGUGAAGAAAAUGUUCUACUUUUCUUCUCGCAUACGUUCCUCUUAAAAAAUCAGUGCUGUCUCCAUUGACAAAAGAUUACUCAUCUGCUCAUCUUUGUGGCUGAAGAGGAUAUUAUGUGAAAAUAGCUGGUCUGACUGACGCAGUCUGAGUUGCGACUGGAUUCUUCAAACCUAAGUGUGAAAAACAGUAUGUUGGACUUUGUCUGUACAAGUUUUUGUCUGUGUAUUAUGCAGCGUGUCUGGGUUCAAAGCACUUUCAGUUCAGUUCAGCUUCAGGAAAUGGAUCUUUUUUAAACUUCCAGCGUUUCAUUUCACUUUUUACAUAAGAUAGCAAACUAUAUUUUGGUGUAUGGAAAGUGAUCUGGCCCCAGCUAUGCUUUAAAUAUUACUGUUGUAUUAACCAAGUGUGUCCUGCCGAUACAGCACUGAGACAAUCAUUGAUUUAAAUUCAGUUAUAAGCUCUGAAUUCACAUUUUAAAGCAGAAACUGUAGUGAUACCAGCUUUUCCAAACCCUGUCUGGACUCUUCUGUUGGGGUCCACAAACACUAUGGGAGCAUACAGACCGGUGUCCCUCUAUCACUUUAAUUUAGCUGCACUAAUAGCACUAACUUACUGGGGGAAUUAGCGAUUAAGGAUGCUAAAAAAUAAAAUAACACUGCUACAAAACACUACAAGUUGCCAAGCAUGCAUUUUACUUUUUACUUAAAGCCAAAACCCUCAUUGAGUGCUUGUCUCAGUGAAAACUACCUAAUUUUGAUGUGAUAGGCAAUUAUUAUUAUUAUUAUUAUUAUUAUUAUUAUUAUUAUUAUUAUUAUUAUACACAGGCAUUCAUUUCAUAACUCAGCUUCCUGCCUGAUCAUAUAUAUGUCAUUAUUUUCUGUUCACAUACUUUGUUAUUUUUGUGAAAUAAUUUUGAAGCAGCAUCAGAGCGCACAGAUGAUUUAUUUUGUGUUUGUCCUUUUAAUCCAUUUAUUAAUGUCUGGGAUGAAGUCUAUAAACAGGCUAUUUGAGGCACAGUGUUUAUUGGAAGUAUUUAUGCUGAUCUGGGGAGUUUUUAUUCUGUAUUACUGUGCAUGUAAGAGCAGUUACUCAGAUGCUGAUGUCGGGGAGGUUAACUCAGACAAUCGCUGCUGUCAGCUGAAAACCCUCCAGCUCUUAAUUUAAGUGUCUUCCAUCCAUUUUGUUUCUGUUGAACUUGAAUUUGGCCUUUCGUGCUCUGAAUUCGACCCCACGGCUCAUGAAAUCCAGUCAGAAACACACCGUGUGUCUCACAGUGUGAAAACUUGACUUCCUGUAGACGAGGUUUUCGACUGACAGCAAGAUGAUGAUGAUACAGCUACGAUAAAGGCACACUCUCUGGCCAUAAAUUUGUUAUUUUAUCCUUUUUAUCUAUUAUUUAUCAUGCUUUGCUGUUGCGGCAGAAUAGCUUCCCUGUUAGAGAAAUUGAUUUAAUGUGAAAAAAAUGAAGAGAUUUGAUUUAGAAAUUAUAAAAGAGCUUUCUGUUUGCAUUCAAAGGUGAAAAAAGCACAAAAUUCAGAAUUUGUUGUUUUAAUUGUCUUUUGGUUUAACUUUUUAAAGAGCAGGUAAAUAUAUACUGUUGAAUCAAAUCACCUCUGUUCAAAGUGGCCUUAAGUCACUACAACAAAUUGAUGUGUUUUUGUUUUUCUGUUUUUCUGUAAGUGCUUAAGGUGACAAUACAUAGCUAACAUUUAUAGCCAAUUCAUUUUUACUGUGAGAUUUGCCAAAAGUCUCUGAAAUGGAAAAGCCUGUGGCUACAGAGUGGGAUUCUUGAGUUGAAAUGUCCAAAUCGUCCACCGUUAAAACACAAUUCAAGUUAUUUCUGUUAUAAGGUUGAAUCAGUUCCUGUUUACGUGAACACAGACAACCAGAGACUCAGUUUGCCGACUCAGAUUUUUCAGCCCUACGAGGUUUAUUUUCCCUUCAGUGCUAACAGGUGUGAGCUGGAAAAUGUGCUCUCAUCCCUGUGAAAUCCACUUAAGUCCUGUCGCUGUGGGCUCAUUGAAACGUCGAUAACAAAGGUGAAUUCUGUCUUAAGGUGGACUUUGAACGUUUUCGUUUUGAUCUUUUAUUGUCACCGGAUCCUUAAUCUCCUUAAAAUCCCCUUUAAUACACAAGUUGUCCUGUUGGCCUGUAUGGUUAGUCUGUUCAUCUGUCUCUGAGUGAGUGAGUGAGUGAGUGAGUGAGUGAGUGAGUGAGUGAGUGAGUGAGUGAGUGAGUGAGUGAGUGAGUGAGUGAGUGAGUGAGUGAGUGAGUGAGUGAGUGAGUGAGUGAGUGAGUGAGUGAGUGAGUGAGUGAGUACACACGUGACUGUAGGAUGUUUGAUCAGUGGUUCCCCAGAGAAAUUCUUGUCUCUAUCAAUCAUGGCAACUCGGAGCUGUGUGCGUGAACGUCUGUACAAAUGUGUCUCUCUCUGUUUGUCCGUCCAUUUGUCCGUGUGUAUGUUGGACUCUGCGGGUGUGUUGUUUGUACUGUGUUGUAUAUAUUGUUCUGCCAUAUUUGAACAAUAAAACAGGAUAUGAGAUUCAAAAGCAA